UUUUGAUGGCUAACACGUGGACGUUACUGAUUCAACAGUGAUAGAAAUGUAGGCGUGGACCGUGGCGAUUCAUUUUAAGGUUCUCUAUUUAAUAAAUCCUAGGAUCGAUUAGAGAAUAUAAUUAAGAUGGCAAUAAUUUUUAUAUGAAACUUACUAAGUAUACAACAAUGGAUAGAUCGUUGUGGUUUAAAUAUCUAACCAUUGCCUCUGUAGUGGCUUUAUAUUGGGUUAUAUCCAUUUCUUUGGUGUUUUUAAACAAACAUCUCCUUAGUGGACAAACAGUUAAGUUGGAUGCACCAUUAUUUAUAACAGGAUUUCAGUGUAUAGUGACUGUGUUGCUAUGUUUACUAUUUAAUUAUUUGACCAAAAUAGCACCAAAUGUAUUUACCUUUCCAGAAGUUAAGCUGGAUUUUACAUUGCUAUAUCAGAUACUUCCAAUGUCUGUGAUAUUUGUUAUUAUGAUAACAUUCAACAAUAUCUGUCUAAAAUACGUUGGAGUUGCAUUUUAUUAUGUUGGAAGAUCUUUAACUACAGUUUUUAACGUGAUUUUGACAUAUUUAUUAUUGAACCAAAAAACUUCUGCAAAAGCAGUUAUAUGUUGCAUCAUUAUCAUCAUUGGCUUUUUAUUGGGAGUCGACCAAGAAGGAGUUGCAGGAACGUUGUCAAUAUUUGGAGUUGCAGCAGGCAUUAUAGCAAGUUUCUCAGUUUCUCUAUAUUCCAUUUAUACAAAGAAAAUGCUACCAGUUGUUGAUGGAAGUAUUUGGCUACUAACUUUUUAUAAUAAUGUCAAUGCCCUUGUAUUAUUUUCUUUCUUAAUAUUAAUAACUGGAGAAGUCACAACUGUUAUGAAUUAUGAAAAGCUGGAUGAUGCAUUCUUUUGGUUAUUAAUGAUUGUUGGUGGUAUUUUUGGAUUUGCUAUUGGUUAUGUUACUGGUCUUCAAAUCAAGUUUACAUCACCACUCACACAUAAUAUAAGUGGUACAGCAAAAGCUUGCUUUCAGACAGUUCUUGCAGUUAUGUGGUUUCAUGAACACAAGCCAUUUCUUUGGUGGACUAGCAAUAUGGUUGUGUUGGGUGGAUCAGCUGCAUACACUCGUGUUCGACAGCAAGAGAUGAAGAUGGUUCACAUGGAAAAAGAAAUACAUCCAAAAAAUUUGGCUGACAGUAAAGUGUGAUUUCAUAUCUCUAUUUUCAUUAAUGAUAUAUUGGUAAAUGGUUUAUAAUUAAGAAUUAUGUUAUUUUAAUGAAUAAUUAUAAAACUCUUCAUUGCACUUUUGGAGCAGAAUAUUACAAUGUACAGAGUGGAAUUGUAAUAUAUUUAUUAAAUCAGUGUAAUUGUUUCAUAUGUGAGUAAUAUAUUUUUUGUAAGAAAGAAAGAAAUUGAUUUUACAAAUAUAUUAUCCAUCUUAUCAGAAUAGGGAAUGUUGUUGUUAUAGCAACAUUCCCUCUCUAUCCAAUUCAUAUGUGUAUCCUAAAUAUAAAGACAACUCAGCAUCAAAAAAUAAAUAUAAAAUGUAAAAAGUUUUUCUAUUUACCAAUUCAGAAAUUAUUUUUCAAUUAUCUAAUAUAGCUUUUCUUAUGCUUUAAAUAAUUGUUUGAGUUAUACAAUAUUGCAAAACUUUUAAUACUUGCAUUUCUGUAGGAUGUGAUAUUUUUACACUUUAUACCUUUUUUUUUGAUGCCACAUAAUUUCAUUCAGCUUGAUGUAUUUAUGAAUCAUCCUGUGUAAAAAAAUUUAUUUUAGACUAUAUUUGUUAAUGAUUAUAAUAAUAUACAGUAUUAGUAUUUAUUACAUUAUUAUAAAUAUUAUCAGGUAUCAGUUUUAGGAUUAAUCAUAUAUUCAAAAUGUAUUAUGAAAGUACAUAUUGUGAACUUAGCUAAUUGCAUCCCUUGUACUGUAAAUAUAAUCAGUAUUAUAAAAAUUCUGUAUAAAAUUUCAUUAUAUUUAAAUAAUAAAGAUGUU